AUACAAUUUCCAAGGCCUUGCUGAGGGCAGCAAGUACACAAUUGAGCUGAUCACGACUAGUUUGGCAAAAAGAAGUAAGCCUUGUACUGUGAUCCUGUAUACAAUGCCAGGGAUGCCAAAGCAAGUGGUUACAUCAGAGCACUCCGAUACGUCUGUAUUUCUGACUUGGAAGCCACCAGCAGGACAGGUUGACAAGUACAAGCUUCGUUUUGGUCUGCUGUCUGCAGACAGGAAAUCGUGGACUGAGGUCUUCACCGAGAGCACAAACUAUGAGGUCAGAGAAUUGAUCCCGGGGUCAGCCUAUGGGGUCAGCAUUCAGAGUGUUCUGGGAUCAGACAGUAGCCAUGAAGCAAACAGAGAGUUCAGCACACCACAAUGCAGCCUUCGUUUGAAUAAGGUGGAUUCUUCGUCCUUCUCUGUGAGCCUGGACGGGGCACCUGGGGAGUUCGACUUUCACAGAGUAACCGUGGCCAACCUUACGGUCACAAAAGUACUCACAAUUCCUAAAGAGGUGCAGGUUGCUGUGGUUACAGGCCUGCUGGACGGGUGCAGCUACAACGUGAGUGCCGAGAGAGUGAGAGGAGUGACAGCAGAAAGUGCUGCUUUUCUGACUGUCACCACAGUGCCAAAGCAAGUGAGAGGCUUGCAUUUGUUCAACGUUUCUGAACGUGCAUUCUCACUACGCUGGCUGCAACCAGAGGGGUGUGUUGAUCACUACCAAGUGAGACUGCAACCAAACCAAGGAGCAGUCACAUUUUACCCUGUCCAUGAUGAAUACAUCCAGGCUGACGUGGUGGAUGUUACUCCUGGGACGCAGUACUCUGUGACAGUCUCUGCAGCCUCCGCAUCAAAAAGUAGCCCUGGAGUGAGUCGCAUCAUCCUUACCAAACAGAGCGUUUCUGUAGUACCUGGUCCUCCACAAGCCCUCGAGGGAGAACCUGUUGGGUCUAAUGGGAUUCUAUUGUCAUGGACCAUGCAACCUGGUACAAAUAUAGAUGGAUAUGUAAUCAGGUACAAGGAGGUUUGCCCAUAUCCUGAUCCCUCUUUCACACAGGUGACCAAGUACCUGGAUGUACCAGAGACUCUAAUCACAGACUUUACCUCAGGUUCAACAUACCACAUCCAGGUAGCAGCUAUGUCUGCAGCUGGGACAGGGCCAUUCGGCAAACCUUUGUACAUAAAGACAUCUGAGUCACCCCCUGGCCUGGUGACCAAUGUGACGGCGUAUGCUCAGAAUCACACCUUUGUCAUGGUUACCUGGUUCCUGCCACGCCGCAUAAAUGGCCUCAUCACCAAGUUUGCUGUCAAAGCAAAGCAUGCUCGAACGGGGCAGACAGUUCGCAUGCUGGAAGUCAAUGCAGAGGAAAUCAUGACUGGAGCCCUCCCUCAUUGCAAUGAUGCGGCUGAUAUCUUGUCACGAGCGACUCCCAGCCCCUUGGAGAUAACAGCGUCGUCUCCUCCCAUCACCCUCUCUGCCGUGCCACCCGCAGCAGCUUGGAACGUGCCUAUAUCAGUAGGAGUGGAUCAGCUGCGACCUUACACUGCCUAUCUUUUUGAGGUUUCUGCCUUCACCUCUGAUGGAGAGGGACAGGUAGCCUCCACCAUGGUUCGCAUGCCAGAAUCAGCACCGGAAGAUCCGCCUGAAAACCUAUCAGUGUUGAACAUGACAUCUAGGUCAAUUUCUGUGUCGUGGAACUCUCCAACCAUCAUCACUGGAAAAUUCAGCUAUGUGCUUUACCUUUAUGGACCUACAGGGUUUUUGUAUAAAAACAGCACAUGGGACAUGCGUUUCCUUUUUACUGGAUUGACUCCCUAUACAAGGUAUAUUGUGGCUGUCCGAGCUAAAGCAGCUGGAGAGGUGGGACCAGCAGCUGAGGAGGUUCUAACAACACCAGCUGAAGCACCCAGCGCAGUUCGGAACUUGGAGGCAGUGGCCGAGGAUUCAGUUUCAAUUCGUGUUAGUUGGAGAAGCCCUGCCCAGCCCAAUGGUCCCAUAAUUCGAUACAGGCUGCAGGUCUUGGCUGACAGUACUCUGCUGCAGGACAUCACCCUCACAUCAGGGAAUAUAACAGAUUUCUUUGAGAAUCAAACAAAUCAUCCUGUUGUCGACAACCUUCUGAGGCGGAGAAAGAGAUCUGAUGAGCUCACUCCCGUCACGUCUCCACCAGCGUUUACGGCUACAAUCUCAGCUCGCACUACACCCACCGCAAUGACUGCUUCCAGCUUUCACCACUCAGAAAAUAGAAGCACUGAUCACUCUACUAACACAGAUUUUCAGCCUACUCUACACCCUGCGAUCGCUGAUGAGUCCAGCCCGGGUUAUGAGUCAAAAAACGUCACUCCAUCCUCUUUGAAUGUCGAAUCUAGGACGUCUGCAAUGUCCGUGAUUUCUGUGUCACCUAACACACUUCCAUCCUGGCUCAUACAGCAGUCACACACAGAGGCGGUGACCUCAGCUGUUUCUAACAUGGGCCUGACUCCAGGUCAACAGCGCCUGUCCACACGUGACGCAUCCUCUGCAGGACGAAUUUCAACACGCAACGCAGCAGUAACUACAGGUGUAACAGUAAGAGAAGAAGUGGUGGAUGUUUUAUCCGAGGAGCUUUCGUACGUGGUGUCGGAUCUAAAUCCUUUUACUGAUUACACAUUCAGAGUUACUGCCUCCACCACUGCAGGAGAAGGGCCUGCUACAGAUAUCACUGAGAAGACCAGUGAGCAGGUUCCCAGCUCUGUGCUAGAAGUGUCCUAUCAAAAUAUCAGUUCCACAUCAAUUCUAGUAAGUUGGGUCCCACCAAUCAAUCCCAAUGGGCGGAUCACACAUUACAGCAUAUAUGGUCUCAAUCUGCGCAGCAAUCAAGCCCUAAAGUGGGUUACUAACAACACCAGCAUGCUAAUAUCAGAUCUGGACAAGUACACUGGCUAUAAGCUACGUGUGGCUGCAUCUACAGCGGUGGGAGAGAGCUCUCUGUCAGAGGAGGAUGAUGUUUUUGUUUUUACUUUAGAGGACGAACCUGACUCCCCUCCUGAUAAUCUCUCUGUGGUAGAAACGAGUCCAUCUACAGCCACUCUGACCUGGUCUGCCCCACAGAGAGCUAAUGGAGUGAUCCAGUACUAUGAGGUCUUCUAUGAAAACGACUCGUACUCUGAGAUGGUGAACACCACUUCUAACAGAGUCACGCUGAUCAGUUUGGCACCUUUCUCAUUUUACAACGUGUCUGUGAGGGCGUACACACGCUACGGCAAUGGCAACCAAACAUCUGAAACUUUGCACCUGCUGUCUGGAGAAGAUGUUCCAGGUAGUCCUCCAUAUGGACUGUCCUAUGAGUCAGUCAGUCCCAGUGAGGUGAAUGUGACAUGGAACGCUCCCCUGCAGCCAAACGGGGUUGUUACUCACUACAGCCUGGAGCUCUGGAACUCCACACACUACCUGAACCUCACCUCACCGACCACCUUCCUCCACAUCACGCACCUGAGGAAAUAUGCUCAAUACCGCAUUGUGGUUCAAGCACACACUCGGGCAGGGCCAGGAAACUUCAGCAGCGAGCCACUCAACAUCACCACACUUGAGGAUGCUCCAGACACUCCCCCUCAGUUUCUCCAAGCCAGGAAGUUAUCAGACUAUGAGGUAGAACUGUCAUGGGAGCCACCACUUAACGCCAACUCAGAAAUACUCUACUACCUUGUCAGAGUUUGGAAUGAAACUACUGAAAUGUGGCAGAAUGUGACAGAGACGUCGGUGGUUAUUAAUGUGGAUUCAGAGAGUCGCUACAAUGCCUCUGUCUCCAGCUGGACUAGACUGGGAGAUGGAGGGGUGCUGAUCUAUAUCAGCUUCACCACCACAGAAGCAGAGCCAUUUGACCCACCACAGAAUGUGACAGUUGUCAAUGUGACUGCUUCCUCUGUCACCUUGAUGUGGCAACCACCCACUGAACCGAAUGGGAUCAUUGUGCACUACACUAUUUACUACACUGAUAACGGUACUGUGACAGAAAAGAGAGUUCUUGUGACAGACUUACCUGUCCGUUACUCUCCCAACUCACCCUUCAUCUACACCGUGACUCAGCUGAUCGGAGGCAGCAAUUACACCAUGUGGAUGACUUCGAGCACCAUACAGGGCGAUGGAGGGGUCCAGUCAGAGCGUAUAAACCUGCUCUUGCCGGAAGACGUGCCAAGUGACCCAGUCUCAAACCUGACGGCUCAGAAUUUCAGCUCCACGGCCAUCAUUGUGAGCUGGGAUCCUCCCACUGAGCCAAACGGACGUCCAUACUACAUACUCACCUUACAGGAGGCAGGGAUAUUCCCAAAUAUGACCAGCCAAGGGAUUCCGGCUGUCAACAAAACCAUCAGGCAAACUACUACAGACAAUGUUUUCCUGUUUACCCGACUAAGGAAGUAUUUCCCAUAUGUACUGACUGUUACUCCAGCAACUGGUGCUGGUCCUGCCUACAACCAAACAAGCACAAAGUACCUGAGAACAGAUGAUGACAGUCCAAGUUCUCCUCCAUUGCUGUUGUCAACUAGAAACCUUUCUUCGUCUUCUAUCGCUGUGGUAUGGCAACGCCCUCUGGAGGCUAAUGGAGAGAUAACAGAGUACACCCUCACUCUGUCUGGACCUGAAGGCACCAACACAACACAGACCACCAACACCUCAGUCAUCCUUACCGACUUGGUGUCGUACACGGCUUACAACCUCACCAUCCUAGCCUCGACGCGUAAAGGCUCAGGGCCUAGCCUGCUCAUGCAGCUUCACACUGAUGAAGGCGGCCCCUCCACCCCUCCCGGUAACCUGACUAUAUACAACCAUACAGCAGUUUCCGUGUGGCUGACCUGGGAUCCUCCUCUAGAGCCUAAUGGAGUUGUGAUAAAGUACGGAUUCAGGAUCCAAGACCUCAUCACACAAACCGUCACACAUCGGAAUUCCUCUGGUUCAUCGACCAUGGAGCAUCUGUCAGGCUUCAGGCCUCAUAGCUCCUAUGAGAUCAGUGUGUACAGUUACACCAGAGUGGGCCAUGGGAAUCAGUUCAGCAGCCCUGUGACCUUCACAACCAAUGAGUCAGUAUCAGAUGCUGUGGGAAAUCUGUCCUGCUUAGGACUGAGCUGGGACUCAGUCCUGAUCUCCUGGGAAGUUCCAGCCAACCCAAAUGGACAGAUCCUGUUUUAUGAGAUCACAGGGGAGGUCAACAUGCAAACCUUCACACACAAGGCUGACACACUAGAGUACACAGUGACUGGGCUGUCACCAGACCAGGAGUAUGUAUUGGCUGUAGCUGCAGUGAACUCUGCUGGACCAGGAGAUAUCAACAACUGCACAGCCUUCACCCUUUCUGAAUCAGUUCCAACUGCUCCUCGCCUCCUCUCUAUCUCUGAGGUCACAGCCACCAAUGUGACACUUGAGUGGAAAUCACCGGUCUCUGUUCCUGGCCUGCUGAAAGAGUAUCAUGUCAUUGCACAGCUGAUUUCCACUGUUUGCGAACCAAUCAUACAAGCUACUACCCUGCCAACCCUAGAGGACGACAAGGCCUUGCAUUGUGUGGAGGACAAUUUUACCGUUUCAGUAAAUGCCGCGGAUGACGCUGAAGAAAGCAGUGUCACCCUUCAAUCCCUAGCUAAAUACAGAUACUAUCGCUUCAAGGUGGCUGCAGUGACCAACGCGGGACCUGGAGCAUAUGCACAGUGGAGUUAUGCACGCACUCUGGCUGGAAAACCUGACGCUCCUCCCCGUGACCUUAAAGUGACUCCAACCUCCACCAGCCUCCGGAUUGCGUGGCAGGUUCCAGCUGUUCUCUCGGGACCAACUUCAUAUCUAGUGCAGGUGGAUGGUCCUGGUGUGAACAUAUCAAUAGUUCGGGGCCCAGGAGAAUUGACUACAGUCUUUGUGACCAAUUUAACAGCUUUCAGUAAUUAUGCCGUGACUGUCACCGCCUUUACUGGUUCAUUAGAGGAUGCUGGCAGUGACGGGAGAGCCAUUGGGCCUAUUGUCUUUCAGACACUGGAGGAGGAGCCCAAAGACCCUCCCAAGAAUGUUACUGUCACUGCUGUCCCAGAGGAAGUGAACCUGGUCAGGGUGAGCUUCAGUCCCCCUGAAGAGCCCAAUGGAAACAUCACAACUUAUUACCUAUUUGUGUAUGAGAAGGACCGGCUGAUUAAAAAUAUGAGCCUUGAUAAUAUCCAAGGAGAACCCAACAUGCUGGUCGCUUUCAUAGAAGGGCUUAAAGGAGGGCACACCUACAGUAUACAGAUUGCAGCCAGAAACGGGGCGGGCAGGAGCCCACUGAGUCCCCAUGUCCAGAUAACUACGGGGAUUAAAGCCCCAUCCAAGCCAACCCAAAGACCCCAAGCAGUUCUGGGCCAAGGAGGGGUUGCCAUAGUAACCCACAGGAGCAUAACCAUCCGCAUGCCAGCCUGUUUCUAUAGUGACGACAACGGACCGAUUGCAAAAAUCCAGGUCAUCGUGGCCGAGUCAGGGGUGAGGGACAGCGAGAACCUGACCAACUGGAGGACAGCCUACCAUCAGCGUCCUGCUCCUUACUUUACUGAUGAAGGGUUCCCCAACCCCACAUGCUUAGAGAGGGACAAGGCAGCAGGUGUGGAUAUGCAUGUCGUAAGCGGUCGUAGGGUGUCUGGACUCAACCCUUCACUGCGGAGGUACAACCACACCAAUGCAGGGACCUACGUGAUUGGAGAGAAUGACAACUGCAUGCAAGAGAACAACACUGAUCAUUUCUGUAACGGGCCUCUGAAGGCCAACACUGUCUAUGUGUUUAAAUUCAGAGCCACUAACAUCAAUGGCCAAUAUACAGACUCUGAAUUCUCUGAGCAUAUCAGGACUACAGCAGAUGGACUGCUGACCAAAGAGGAACAAAUCAUCCUGGGUGUUUUGCUGUCAUUCUUCCUGGCCGUGUUACUCAUCCUGCUUAUCUGUUGCUCAGUCAAGAUCCACCAGCGUAAGAAGGAAGGUGGGACCUAUUCACCCAGAGAAGCUGAGAUCAUAGAGACUAAAUGCAAAUUAGAUCAACUGAUUGCUGUUGCUGAUAUGGAACUGAAGCAAGAAAAACUCAAUCGGUAUUCUUCCUUCUUCUUUAGGCGCAAAGAGAUUUAUGUCAUCCAGCUGCUCAGCUACAGGAAGUCGCUCAAGCCUGUCAACAAGAAAUCCUUCCUGCAGCACGUAGAAGAUCUGUGUGCCAAUGACAAUGCAAAGUUUCAAGAGGAGUUUUCGGAUCUCCCAAAGCUGCUGCCAGACCUGGCCACAACAGACGCCGACCUGCCCUGGAAUAAAUCCAAAAACCGCUUUCUCAACAUCAAACCCUACAAUAACAACCGAGUGAAGCUGCUGUCAGAACCAGGCAUGGCAGGAUCAGACUACGUCAAUGCAAGCUUUGUCUCAGGUUACUUGUGUCCCAAUGAGUUCAUAGCCACUCAGGGUCCUCUGCCCAGCACUGUGGCGGACUUUUGGAGGAUGAUCUGGGAAACAGGAACCCGCACAGUUGCCAUGCUCACACAGUGUUAUGAGAAAGGCAGGAUUCGUUGUCACAAGUAUUGGCCUGAGGACAACAAGCCAAUGACAGUGUUUAGUGACAUCCUCAUUUCUAAGGUGUCAGAGGAAGUGCUUCCUGACUGGACUGUCAGAACAUUAAAAGUAGAAAAGCAUGGUCACUACAUUUUAGUCAAACACUUCAACUACACAUCAUGGCCAGAGCACGGAGUACCAGAAUCCUGCAGCACCUUGAUUAAGUUUGUCAAAGCUGUCCGAGCCCAUCGCCAUGACAACUCCACCAUUGUGGUCCACUGCAGUGCUGGUGUGGGAAGAACAGGCGUAUUCAUUGCUCUCGAUCACCUCAUUCAGCACAUCAGAGAUCAUGACUUUGUGGAUAUUUAUGGGCUGGUGGCUGAGCUGCGCAGUGAGAGGAUGUGUAUGGUGCAAAAUCUGGCCCAGUACAUCUUUCUCCAUCAAAGCACACUGGAACUUCUGAACAACAAGGGCAAUAGCCAGUCCAUAUGGUUUGUUAACUAUUCAGCUUUGGAAAAGAUGGAUUCUUUGGAUGCCAUGGAAGGUGAUGUUGAGCUGGAAUGGGAAGAGACCACCAUGUAAACCACUAAUACAAAGAUUUGUGGGAGCUUUUCUGGAAUCAUGGAAUCUUAACUGAACCUCCACCUUGUAAAACAAGUUAGGCUACCAGUAAAGAACUGGAAGGGAACAAUACUUGGUUGCUCCACUUCAAAUCUUUUUCUCUGCCCCGUUUCUACUUUAUUGCACAUCUUGUCCAGCUGUUUCCAAACACAAAGAGAGAAACUCUUGGAGGAGCUAUGACUUGUAGCAAUGAGACGGACAGAAAAGGAAAGAGUGAGCUAAAUGUCCGACUUGUAUCUUUGAUGUACUCCUUCAGGUACUUUGCACAACUGUAUUCCAGCACUUAAAAGCAUUAUUAUCUGUUUUUUAAGAUAAUUUAUUCAGCCAAAGUGGUAUUUUUGAGUGUCUUUGUAACUUUGCUAGUGUUCAGGUAAUGCCGAUCCUUUCUCAAGAGUGAUUUGCAAAAAUUAAAUCUUUUCUUUUGUCUUGAUCCUUGACAGUGCAACGUUUCCCCAUGGGUUUACUGUCAUCAAAUGUUUAUUAGCUUUUGAUAUUAAAAAGAAAAAAAAAUUAUAAAAGGAAACACUUGCCAGUGAUGUCUGCAAAUAAAUUGGUGAUAACAGAGGUUAUAUUACACUUAAUGUUUUGUUUCUCU